CAUUCUUCAUUUGGCAGCGGCAUCGGUGGCAUCUGCCGCAUCUGCGUCGAUUUGUUUGUGUUGAAUACGUAACGUAACAAAAUAUAAACGAAGUGUAAAAUCAGACCAGAACAAUAAUUUAAAGUGAAAUUUCAAGAUGGGAGUACCAGCAUUCUUUCGCUGGUUAAGUAGAAAAUACCCCAGCGUCAUUGUUGAAUGUAUUGAACAGAAGCCAACCGACGUUGAUGGCCAACUUGUGUACAUUGACUCUUCACUCCCAAACCCAAAUGGGGUGGAGUUUGACAAUCUGUACCUGGACAUGAAUGGUAUCAUUCAUCCGUGCACCCAUCCUGAAGACAAGCCACCCCCUAAGGAUGAAGACGAGAUGAUGGUGGCGAUCUUUGAGUGCAUCGACAGACUGUUCCGCAUUGUGCGACCCAGGAAGCUGCUCUACAUGGCUAUUGAUGGAGUGGCGCCCAGAGCUAAGAUGAACCAGCAGCGUUCCCGUCGUUUCCGUGCCUCCAAAGAGACCCAGGAGAAGAUCGACGAGAUUGCUCGCAUCCGCGACGAGUUGCUGGCUAAAGGUGCUUACCUGCCUCCAGAGAGGCCCAAGGAAGCUCACUUUGAUUCCAACUGCAUCACUCCUGGGACGCCCUUCAUGGACCGCCUCAGCAAAUGUCUGCACUAUUACAUUCAUGACAGAUUAAACAAUGACCCAGGAUGGAAGGGCAUUAAAGUGAUCCUGUCAGAUGCCAAUGUACCCGGCGAGGGAGAACACAAGAUCAUGGACUACAUCAGGCGGCAGCGGGUGCAACCGGACCAUGACCCAAACACUCAACACGUGCUGUGUGGAGCGGACGCGGAUCUAAUAAUGUUGGGGCUGGCUACGCAUGAACCCAACUUCACAAUUAUCCGUGAGGAGUUCAAGCCCAACAAGCCGCGCCCCUGCGAUGUCUGCGGACAGCUCGGACACGAAAUGAAGGAAUGUACAGGCACAAAUCCUGACGCGUCUCUAGUGAGAUCAGAUCCAGCAUUCGGCAACCAGGACAAUUUUAUAUUCGUCCGUCUGUCCGUCCUCCGGGAGUACUUGGAGAAGGAGCUGCAGAUGCCAAACCUCCCAUUCCCUUAUGACUUUGAGAGGGCGUUAGAUGACUGGGUGUUUAUGUGCUUCUUCGUGGGCAACGACUUCUUGCCACAUCUACCCAGCUUGGAGAUCCGCGAGGGCGCCGUGGAUCGGCUCGUGAACUUGUAUAAGAAGUGUGUUUAUAAAACUAGAGGUUGGCUCACAGACUCGGGCGACGUGAAGCUGGAGCGGGUGCAGGUGAUUAUGACAGAGCUCGGACACAUGGAGGACGAGAUCUUCAAGCGCCGACACCAGAACGAGAUCAACUUCAAGGCUAGAGAGAAGGUCAAGAAGAGGCAACAACAGCGCGUCAAUUUUGAGAUGCUGGAGAAGACGCAGUUUGCCCCUAUGGCUGUCGGACAGAAUCAGUCGAAGCCAAUGGAGAACGUACGUCGUGAGGCCGCCAACAUGCGCGUCGCCGGUAUGCAGAACGAAGCUGCUCAAGAAGCAGAGAAUCGUGGCCGCAAGCGGUCCGCCCAUGCGGCGGGGCUGGACGACGACGACGAUGACAAGAAUGACGAGGUGCGGCUGUGGGAGCAGGGGUUCAAGGAGAGGUACUACGAGAGCAAGUUCGAGGUCGCCAGGGACAACAUGGAGUUCCGGUACCGCGUGGCGCUGCAGUACGUGCGCGGGCUGUGCUGGGUGCUGCGCUACUACUACCAGGGCUGCGCCAGCUGGAAGUGGUACUUCCCGUACCACUACGCACCAUUUGCCUCAGACUUCGUCAACAUCUGCGGACUCUCCACCAAGUUCGAGGAGGGCACGCAACCUUUCCGUCCGCUAGAGCAGUUGAUGGGCGUGUUCCCUGCAGCCAGUUCCACUCACGUGCCUAAACCUUGGGCAAAGCUCAUGAGCGAUCCGUUUUCCCCAAUCAUCGACUUUUAUCCGACGGACUUCAAGAUCGACUUAAACGGCAAGAAGUUUGCCUGGCAGGGCGUGGCACUGCUACCCUUCGUCGACGAGGAGAGACUCUUCAAGGCACUGGAGCCCCACUAUGAUGACCUCACUGAGGCUGAGAAACUACGCAACAUCCGUGGCCACGACCGUCUAUACGUGGGCACGGCCAACGCCAGCUACUCGUUCCUGCUGGGACUGUACUCCAGCGCUGGGGGGAAGCUGAGGCAGCUCAUUGAGGACAAACACAAGUAUCCGUACCGCUGCGACGGGGUCACGGGGGACGUCAUGCUCAGCAAGGACUGUGUUGUUAUUGGAGGUCAGCUGCCAUCUCCAGUGAUAGGUCUGCAGCCAGUGCUGGGCAACCACGUGGUAUGUGUGAGGUUCGUGGACCCUGCGUACGACAAGGAGUUCCCGGCGAGACGACUAGAGGGCGCCCAGCAACCCCCGCGGGUACUCAAACCUGGGAACUUGUCACAUGAAGAGAAUAGGAACUGGAGGCCUCAGAUUGGCAUGGUCCGCUCCAACACGAUCGCGAGCAUGGAGGAGGCGGGCCGCCGCAUGCUGGGCCACCACCUGCCGCGCGGGAACUACGCCUCCAUACCGCCGCCGGAACAACAACAUCAUCGGUCACAGUCCUUCGGACCACGACCUGGCGGAUACAUUCCUUAUCAGAACCAAGCCGAAGGACGUAGUUACAGUUCUACGGGGCAGGAACAAGGCGGGGGUUACAACCGUAAUUAUAGCCAGGGUCCCCGUAACUAUGGGCAGAGAAACCAGGACUUUAGCCAGAACAGCCGCGGAUACCAGCCGGACCAGGGUCACCAGUCUAACCAAGGCUACCAGUCGAGUCAAGGUCACCAGUCCAACCAGGACAACCGACCUAUAAACAAGUACCAGCGCAAUUCCAAUUACGUCAGCAAUUACCAAGGAUACCAAUCACAGCAAUCGAAUCAGUCAAGAGAUAGAAACGCGGGAUCUAUCAGUAGCGGACACGGAUACAGGCCUCCAAAUCAAGGGUAUUCCAGCGCAGAAGGAUCACGAGACCCGAGGAGUAGAUAUAAUAGGGAUAGGAGACAACAUGGCAGGUCCUGGAACUAAUAUAAUUAUAUUUUUUAUAAUAAAUUGUAAGUAAUGAGAAAAUAGACGUUGUAUUGGUAAGAAAUCUGUCAUAAUGACAGUAUUUGAGACGCUCCCGUUGCACUCGCGGUAAAUAUAAGUUAAUGUAUGCAUAGGCAACAAAAAUAAACUUUGAGGAAAUUGUAAAAAAUAGCCAAGUUUAGUUCCAACGAAAUAUCACACUUGUUCAAAUCUAGCAUCACUAUGUAUCACAUUUUUACAGAUGAUUUCUUUCAAUCGACUGAAAAUGUACAAUGUAUUUGUAUAUCUUGUGUUAUAUGAAAUGAUGGCUAAAUUACAAAAUAUUAUACGUUCUAUACAGAAAAUACGUUUUAUGACGAAAAUACUGGUAACUUAUACCAGGUGCUUGAUUUAUGAAAUAUAAAUACAUUCAUGUUUAUGAUUCUUUUACGAUUACUGCAUUUGGUUUGAACGCUUACCGUUAUUCUUGAAUUGGUCAAAUCUAGUAGAUAUGGCGAACCACGGAGUUAAACUUACAUUAUUUGUGUGGAGGGUUACUCUUUAAAACAUUAAUAUCGUUAAGGACGUUGUAUUCUUUAUAUUUAUAUUGGAGAGAUUAAGAUUAUGAAUUGCAAUAUUUUGCUAGAUUCUAUAACAAAAUUUACGUGUUAUCGUAAAACUUUCGAGUUAAUGUUUUUUAAAAUAACCCUGUUUCGAAAAACUCGGUUUGUUUACACCCAACCAAUAACGUCGCCAUAUUGUAACUUUCAAGUCUAUGCAGUAAAUGUAUUUUAUUUCUGUACUUCUUCUGUUUCAGUCAUUUAAACGUUACUUAAAUUAAUCCUUAGCAUUUGUUUGCGAAACAAAAUCAAUAAGGAAUAGUUUAAGCAACCAUUACAUGUGUCCGAGUACGACAGUUUGACUUCACUUUGUCAAAUUGUAUUCACUCAAUUUAAAACAUUUUCUGACUUUGUACCUUCUAUUAAGGACUAUUAUGUCUUGUUGCGUGACGGCGGGUCACUGUUAUCUAGAAAUUGGGAAGAUGUUAACACCUUGACUGUCCGAAUGCAUAAUGCUAAGUCUUAAGAAAUAACUUUGUUAAAGUUAAUAGUUAUUUAAAAAGCUCUCUGGUUAUAGACAAACGUAAUAAAAUACAGUUAGUACCGCGCACCUAAGUUGCAUUAUUAAGUUGACUGCACAGUUGGUGCGGCGACUGGACAUCCGGCUGCCGUGCAACGUGUCGCGGGUUUCAUUCCCACACGGA